AUGACUGACCAGGCCAGCAGCACUGCGUCGGGUCCAACCCGAAUAUCCAUCCUUGGAUCCGACUCUAUCAUUGUCGAUCAUGGAAUCUGGCGAACUUUCGUCUCUGAUGAUCUCCUCGAUAACAUCAAAUCUUCUACCUAUAUUCUUAUUACCGAUACUAACCUCCAGGAUCGUUAUGUCCCUCCUUUCGUGGAAGUCUUCAACAAAGCCGUUGAGGCCCGUGGCCUGCAGUCUCGACUUCUUACCUAUACCAUCCCUCCUGGCGAGACUUCCAAGAGCCGUGAGACAAAGGCAGAAAUAGAAGACUGGAUGCUCUCCGAACAAUGCACCAGAGAUACUGUUAUCAUUGCCCUGGGUGGCGGAGUCAUUGGUGACAUGAUCGGUUAUGUUGCUGCCACUUUCAUGCGCGGCGUUCGCUUUGUUCAGGUUCCCACCACUCUGCUUGCUAUGGUCGACUCGUCUAUCGGCGGCAAGACGGCCAUCGAUACCCCCAUGGGAAAGAAUCUAAUUGGCUCAUUCUGGCAGCCUCAGCGUAUCUACAUUGAUCUCGCUUUCCUCGAAACCCUCCCGGUUCGCGAGUUCAUCAACGGCAUGGCCGAGGUGGUUAAGACAGCUGCUAUAUGGAAUGAGACCGAGUUUACGGCCUUAGAAGAAAAUGCUGCCUUGAUAUUGGGCACUAUCCGGUCCAAGACUGCCGACCCGAGUGAUAGAUUGCUCCCAAUUCGUGCCAUACUUAAGCGUAUCGUUCUCGCUUCGGCUCGCGUUAAGGCAGAGGUCGUUUCUAAGGAUGAAAAAGAGGGCGGCCUACGGAACCUCCUCAACUUUGGUCACUCCAUUGGCCACGCUUACGAGGCCAUUCUGACUCCCCAGGUUUUGCACGGUGAAGCCGUCGCAAUCGGAAUGGUCAAGGAGGCCGAACUAGCUCGUUACCUUGGCGUCUUGCGACCUGGAGCAGUAGCUCGAUUAGUCAAGUGCAUUGCAAGCUACGACUUGCCGACCUCCCUACAUGAUAAGCGCAUUGUGAAGUUGACGGCGGGAAAGAAAUGUCCCGUUGACGUACUUCUUCAAAAAAUGGCCGUGGAUAAGAAGAACGAAGGAAAAAAGAAGAAAAUUGUACUUCUAUCAGCCAUAGGUCGAACUCAUGAACCCCGAGCCAGCGUAGUCGACGAUCGCGCUAUCAGGGUUGUCCUCACCCCUGCUAUUCGCGUCACGCCAGGGGUGCCUCAGGGACUAAACGUGCAGGUCACCCCUCCUGGAUCCAAGAGUAUCUCUAACCGGGCUUUGGUACUUGCUGCACUUGGCCAGGGAACUUGCCGUGUCAAGAAUCUCCUCCACUCAGAUGAUACUGAGUACAUGUUAUCAGCGAUCGCCAACCUCAAUGGGGCCUCUUACUCAUGGGAGGACGCCGGCGAGGUUCUCGUGGUUACUGGUCGAGGCGGCCAGCUCAAAGCGAGCGAAGAGCCUCUCUAUCUUGGGAAUGCGGGCACGGCUUCUCGCUUCUUAACAACAGUGGUCGCCCUAUGCUCACCGUCAAGUGCAAACUCGACUGUCCUAACUGGAAAUGCUAGAAUGAAAGUCAGACCUAUCGGUCCCCUUGUUGAUGCCCUGCGAUCGAAUGGCAUCAAUAUCAAAUACCUUGGACAGGAACACAGUCUUCCAGUACAGGUUGAUGCCGCCGGUGGGCUAGAUGGCGGUGUGAUCGAGCUAGCUGCUACGAUUUCGUCCCAAUACGUUUCGUCGCUUCUAAUGUGCGCACCUUAUGCUAAGAAACCUGUGACUCUUCGCUUGGUAGGCGGCAAACCUAUCUCACAACUUUAUAUCGAUAUGACUAUUGCCAUGAUGAAGUCGUUUGGUAUUACUGUUACAAAAUCAGCCGACGAGCCGCACACGUAUCAUAUUCCUCAAGGGGUGUACAAAAACCCAGAGGAAUACGUCGUGGAAAGUGACGCGAGCUCAGCCACCUACCCCCUCGCGGUUGCGGCCAUAACUGGAACUACUUGUACAAUCCCAAACAUCGGCGCAAGUUCACUGCAGGGUGACGCCCGUUUCGCGACGGAUGUGCUACGUCCAAUGGGAUGUACUGUUGAACAGACUGCUACAUCAACGACGGUAACUGGACCUACCCCAGGCAGUUUGAAGGGUAUUGAAGUUGACAUGGAGCCCAUGACUGACGCAUUCCUAACCGCAUCCGUCCUUGCUGCCGUAGCAUCAGGCGAGACGCGGAUCACCGGAAUUGCUAAUCAGCGUGUCAAGGAGUGCAAUCGUAUUGCAGCGAUGAGGGAGCAGCUCGCCAAAUUCGGCGUACACUGUAGCGAGCUUGAGGACGGCAUCGUUAUUGCCGGUAAAAAGCUUACCGAACUUUCGAAGCCGAGCGAAGGCAUUUACUGUUACGACGACCACCGUGUGGCAAUGAGCUUUAGCGUCAUCUCCUUAGUAGCACCGGGACCCGUCCUCAUUCUGGAACGUGAAUGCACUGGCAAAACGUGGCCCGGCUGGUGGGAUGUACUAGCGCAAUCGUUCGGAACCAGUCUAGAGGGCGUGGAUGCUGUGCCUACGUCUCACAAGAAGGCAAAACAAGCUGAGGCCGGCUCAUCUAUCUUUAUCAUUGGCAUGCGAGGUGCUGGAAAGACUACAACAGGUCGCUGGGUCGCCAUCAUACUAGGACGUCCUUUCAUCGACCUUGACCAUGAAUUAGAACGUCGAGCUGGCAUGACAAUUCCUCAGAUUAUACAAGAAAGCGGUCGAGGAUGGGAAGGCUUCAGGAACGACGAGCUCGAGCUUCUAAAGGAUGUCAUCAAGAACCAAGGUCGCGGUCACGUCUUUUCUUGCGGUGGUGGCAUUGUUGAGACCCCCGAGGCUCGGGAGCUGCUCGUUUCGUACCAUCGCAAUGGUGGCGUGGUUCUCCUCGUCAACCGCGACGUCGAGCAAAUGGUAGAAUACCUGACACGCGACAAGACACGUCCUGCUUACACCGAAAAUAUAAGAGGCGUAUAUGAGCGACGCAAGCCAUUCUUCCAAGAAUGCAGUAACUACGAAUACCACAGCCCUUACCUUGAUCCACCCGGGGGUCUCCAAGACAUUCCUGCAGACUUUUCCCGAUUUGUGUUAGCGAUUACUGGAAGAGGCAAUCAUCUCGAGGAUGCCAAGAAGAAGCGACACUCCUUCUUCGUGUCGCUCACCGUGCCUAACGUGUCUUCAGCGAUCGAUGUGAUCCCGCGGGUUGUAGUUGGUGCGGACGCCGUGGAAUUACGGGUUGAUCUGCUUGACGACAUCUCUCCGGAAUCGGUAGGAAAGCAGAUUGCGCUUUUGCGCUCUGCUGCGAAAAUACCUAUCAUAUUCACGGUCCGAUCCAAGUCCCAGGGUGGUCGGUUUGAAUAUACAUCCGAAAGCGAAUUGCUUCCCCUAUACCGGGUAGCAGCGCGCACAGGUGUAGAAUAUGUCGACCUCGAAAUGACCCUUUCAGACGAAACCCUAGAUGAAGUCAUCCGGUCUCUAGGUAACUCUACGCGGGUCAUCGCGUCACACCAUGACCCUGAAGGUAAGUUGUCCUGGAAGAAUGGCGGCUGGCAAGCGUGGUACAACCGGGCUCUGCAAUACGGUGAUAUCAUUAAGCUAGUAGGUGUCGCGAAAAAGAUGGAAGACAAUUUCGCGUUAGCUACUUUUAAGGCCAGGAUGUUUGCUGCGCACGGCAAGCCGAUCAUAGCUCUGAACAUGGGCACGGUUGGGAAGCUCUCUCGGGUAUUGAAUGGCUUCUUGACACCUGUGUCGCAUCCCGACCUUCCAUUCAAAGCGGCGCCUGGUCAGCUAUCAGCCGCCGAGAUCCGUAGCGGUCUAGCUUUGGUUGGGGAACUUGAGCCUAAGCAGUUCUACCUGAUUGGGAAUCCUAUUUCUGCGUCGCGGUCACCAGCUUUGCACAAUAGCCUAUUCCGCCAGACCGGAUUGCCUCAUCAAUACUCGUUGUUUGAGACUUCAUCUGCGGCAGAUGUGACAAAAAUAAUCUCUUCGCCCGACUUCGGUGGAGCAUCGGUCACAAUUCCGCUGAAGCUUGACAUUGUGUCACUACUUGACGAGGUAUCGGAAUCGGCGACGGCUAUCGGUGCGGUGAACACAGUGAUACCUAUACCUUCGCAGGAUGGAUCUAAACCACGGCUGCUUGGCGACAAUACGGACUGGCGUGGCAUGGUCUAUUCGCUACGCUCGGCUGGGCUGGUGCCACCAACCGAAGCAACGACAGGCGGGGCAAUGGUAGUUGGCUCUGGCGGCACCAGUCGGGCGGCCAUCUACGCUUUGCACUCCCUCGGAUACAGCCCUAUCUACGUUGUGGCACGAAAUCCUAGUGCUGCAGAUUCUCUUCGUUCGUCCUCGUCGUUCCGCGACAACAUCAAGAUCCAUCAGGUAACCGAAGCCAGCCAGGUACAGAAGCUACCGAACGUGAUCAUCAGCACGGUACCCGCAGACAAGCCGAUCGAUGAUUCGAUGUGGGCGUUGCUCACAACCCUGUUGCACCAAACUAAAAAUAUCGAAGGGCCACGGGUUCUGCUGGAGAUGGCCUACAAGCCUCGCCGCACCCCCUUGAUGGAGCUAGCCGAGAACUCGGGAUGGACCACUAUUCCGGGGCUGGAGGUUCUCGCAUCUCAAGGCUACUACCAGUUCCAACUCUGGACAGGCAUUGUACCUCUAUUCUCUGAUGUACGCGCGGCUGUGCUAGGUGAUGAGCCCGCCGCGUCCAGCUGA